CACAACAUCAUCGAGAUUCCAAAAAAUGGCCGAAAGUAUAUUUGAUGCGUCAGCAGCAUUUGAUUUUUCUUUGAAAGUGGAGAAGGACGACAUUGAUGAUGAUUUGAUAGUGAACUCAAACGACGAUAAUGGUAAACAGCGUAAAAAACGGAGAAGAAAAGCUCGUCUUACUGGUCUUAGUCAGCAGAGACGCUGGGCAAACGAACGCGAACGACAUCGCACGAGACGCGUGAACGAUGCGAUUUACGCACUUCGUGAUCGGCUACCAGACUUUCUCAAUCCAUUACAUAUUAAACUCUCGAAAAUGGAGACAAUAUGUCUGGCAAUCAGAUACAUUCGGCAGUUAAAAGAUAUGCUUGAAGAAGACGAUCGGAGUCGAAGUUGCAGUGACUUUGAAGGCAUUGACACAAACCUCUCGCCCCAGCUCUCCAGUGACUUAUCAACAGACGGCGAUUUUGAGGAACUGUUAAAAAUGGACACUUCUUUUUUAUUAUCUAGUUCGCCUUCGUCUGAUUUCCCUGAAAUCGACGACACAGAAGAUGUUUUCUGGUGAUGUUAUCGUACUUUUCUAUUCUUGGCAUUUUUUAUAUCUAUAAAUCACUUUUUAUACACUUUACGAGUAAUUCAUAACGCGAACAAUUCGAAAUUUUCACAUGUUUUAUACUUGUUUUGUAAAAUCGUAAAUAGGACAAAACUGUUACAUGGUUGGCUAUAUCUAGUCGUGAGUUGAUAAUUUUUAUAAUUUGCGCAUUGAGCAUUGACAAUUUUCCUGUGUUCUUGUUGUCUGAGCAAAAGCACCACCCAACCCACCCUCUCUCUAAAUUAUAAUGGUCACUUUUAAGCUGCAAUUAUAGUAUAGCCAGCCAUAGUUAGCUAUUUAUAAUGGUAAAAAGAUAUAUGCACAAAUCUAUUGAACCUUCAUAGGUACAUUUUCUUCCCCGAGGAAAGUUGCACGUUUGAAGUUGAAUUGUACAAAAUUCAAAAAUAGGAACUUGCGCUUUGAUCAUUAGCAAAAUUAUUGUGUGGCCUCUACGAUCGAGCUCAAAUUCACCACUUUGUAUAUUUUUCCAUUUCUGUGAUUUUGCUUCAUUGGAAAAUGCUCCCCGCCCCUGGAAUUAAACUGGUUCCCAAUAGGCUAAUUAGUUAAAUAUUAAAAAAAUGUCGGAAAGAUGCGACACAUGUUUUUUAAAAGAUUCCUUUCUUACGAACAAAAUUCCUUCUAUACACACUCUCAGUUUUACUAAGUUGUGAAUAGGGAAUGAAUAGUGACUUUAUUUUCAUGAAAAUAAUUUAAAAAAAGUCAAUUGCACUGUAUAUUUCAUAUGAAUUACGAUGAACUAUGGACUCAAAGGUGCACAGGUCAAAACGCUAUCAAUGUUAAUAACUGCAUAUUUUUAUUCUUUUUAUGCUAAUGUACUUGUAUACAUUGUGAGAGAAAGCUUUGUAUGCUUUUUGUCAGUAAUCUACAAAGUCAAAGUUACUAAGAUAUGCAUAAUGGGGGCAUGCAUGCAGAAGAGCAAGAAACAGCAGGCCUUCUCAGCCCAUAUGAAAAAUAGACAUAAAUUUCAGCGCGCAAUGUGGAAUUCAGAUUUAUAAGGGCAAAAUUAUUUUCGAUAAAUAAAAAUUUAGAGUCUAUUUACUGUGGUGAUUAUUUGGUGAUAAAAUCUGUUUGUUUUCCUAAUGAUAAUGAUUACAUUUAUUCAAACCUUUGUUCAGAUGACAAAUAUGAAUGCGGUAUGUUUAUACUGUCUGGUACAGUACUUUCUUUUACUGGGUACCCACGUAAUUGUUGGGUUGGGUAGAAACACUUGUUGUGGUUAGUUCAAAUCACAGUUAAAUACAAGGAAUCAUUAAAAUCAAGCCGAUUCUUUUGUGAACGCCAAGUUGCAUUGAGCUUGCAUGGUUAAAUUAAAGUCCAACUUCAUUCGUGUCGGCCGGGAUUUUUUAAUCAUUUGUUAUCGUAAAUAAAGUGACUAAUCAUUCCUCAGAUUGGAAUCAUAUUAUUUUCCUAUUUAAUCGGCUCAGCUCAACAGCUUGAUGGACUUGAGCUCUUUCUUGACAACCGUAAACUUAAACGCAUUAUUGAGCGUCAAGUGUGCGGCUGUUUUCUUGCUUUAAGUGAAAAAAUUCAAAACAAAUAAUCUUAAUCCCUUAAAAGUGGUGAUGUUCAGUACUGACUAAACUGUUAAACACAAUGACCGAAUGCCUUAAAAAGAUUACGUACGCGUACCUAAGAAGGUAUGAAAAAAUAGGUUCUCAUGUUUUGUUGAGUGAAUGUUUUUUGAUGUUUGUUGAUCGCUGCGUUGUUCAAGCUUACUCAACUUCGUGCGAUGCGUGACGAUUUGAUAAAAAAAUUUGAAGUGAAAAAUACAGCUGAUUUGAUUUGCGUCUACACUAGAUAAACUUUAACAAGAAAUCUGCAGAGUCCUGAUCGUACGGUUUUCAAAGGCCAAGAAAUGUUCACUAUUUUGAUACUAUAAAACUAAUCAUGGGCAUAUGCUCCUCCCUUGCAGCUAUAUGAAAGUUUUAAUCUUGCACUCACAGACGCAGUUCACAACAAUUUGGUCAUUCUUGUGGUAGAAUGUCUUAUGUCUUUGUUGACAAAAUAAGUUAAUCUUGCUCAAGUGGUCAAAUAUGUUUUGAUUAUUGAGUGGCACCAGCAAAUAGAAAAAAUUUUAAAUUUACAAAGCAAAUCUGAAUUCUUCACUAAUGGAGACUUGAAUAUAUGAUCUGUUGUAUAAAACAUACUUGAGGUUAAUUAUUGUGAUGAUGAGUUACAAUAGAGAUUUUUAAUUUGUAUGAAUUGUUUUUUAUAGAAAUUUUUUAAGUGCUUCGUGCGUGCACAGGAUUGAAUAUUUCUAUUGAAAUAUUGUACUAUUAUUGGUUCAAAAGCGUCUGUGACGUUAUAUUAAUAAGCUUCUGUAGAAGGACAACUUUGUUCAGUUUGUUGCAUGUGCAACUCGGUGCACUUUGAGUUGAAAGGCUGGCUAUGGUUAUCCAACUCGUUGUUCUAUAGAUCACAAAAAUGCACUGAAUUCCCAAGAUUGGUUGCCAUUAUUAGAAAAGUUCAAUAAAUUAAACACAAACACAAAUGUUUAAUUAUGUAUAGACAAUCGUUGUAACUUAAUUUUACAUGCGGUUACUUGUGUUGGCAACAAAGUAACUCAUUUUUACAGGCAUGCAGUUAACGUUAUUUGUGUUAGCAACAUAAGUAACUUAUUUUUGUAUUUAGUUACUUGUGUCAGCAACAUAGUUACUCAUAUAUAACAGGCGGUUAAAUCUAUUGUUCCCAUUGCUUAAAUCAAAAUAUUGUCAUACCUUUAUUGGUGUUAUAUUUUUAAAAUACGGUUGUAAUUUGUGUGAAGAAAAUCCCUAAAUAAAAAAGCGUCGAAUUGCUGGAGUAAUGUGAAUUCCAA